UGUAAAAGCUACUUCAAGAAGGAUGCGACUCCAUGUUGAGUUGUCCUGUAUGUUAUUCUCACUGAAUGAGGAUAACAUACUGAAACGACCAGCAACAAAGUACAAUUGCCGUUGCAAUGGAAACUGGAUACAACAGAAAUGUUGAAGAGUUCAGGGAAAAGGAAUAUCCUAUGCUCGCGGAUGCCGUGUAUCUCGACCAUGCCGGCACGACUCUGUAUUCCAAAUCUCUCAUGGAGAGGUUCACCGCUGAUAUGAUGGGAAACUUGUUUGGAAAUCCCCAUUCAGCUUCAGGGUCCUCUCAACUAUCGACACACCGUAUCGAAGAUAUUCGAUUGAAAGCCUUACGAUUCUUCAAUGCCGAUCCAGACGAGUUCGAUCUCAUAUUCGUGGCCAAUGCGACUGCUGGUAUCAAAUUGGUUAUGGAAGCUCUGCGAGAGUGUGACGGUGGUUUUAAAUAUGGCUAUCACAGAGCUGCACAUACAAGUCUCAUUGGAGUUCGGGAGAACGCAGUCUCCAGUCAGUGUCUGGUUGAUCUUGAUGUCGAACGUUGGCUCUCUGGCAGAGAAAGUCUCGUGGACGAGGAAACGGGUUCGAAGACUAAUCUCUUCGCAUUUCCGGCUCAAUCGAAUAUGGAUGGACGACGCCUGCCCCUGUCAUGGGCCUCUCGGGCUCGGAAGCUUAACAACUCGACUUCCACAACAUACACCUUGUUGGAUGCAUCAGCCUUUGUUUCAACUGCCCAAUUAGAUUUGGGCGACGCAAACACAGCUCCAGACUUCACUGUACUCAGCUUCUACAAGAUAUUCGGAUUUCCUGAUCUUGGCGCCCUCAUUGUCCGAAAGGAAUCUGGGGCAAUCCUGCAGGAAAGAAGAUAUUUCGGCGGCGGGACAGUGGAUAUGGUAUUGUGCGUCAAGGAACAGUGGCAUGUACCAAAAGCUCAGUCUCUUCAUGAAAGUCUUGAAGACGGUACUCUGCCAUUCCAUAAUAUACUGGCACUAGAUGCCGCAAUUGCUACCCACAAACAAUUGUACGGAACCAUGGACCAAAUUUCGCAGCAUGCUACUUUUCUUGCCCAAAGGCUUUAUGAUGGCUUGGCUAACCUGCGACAUUCAAAUUCUGAGCCAGUAUGUGUGAUGCACUCUCAUGGCUUCAACUCCAAGCCCAGUCCUCAUAUGCAAGGUCCGAUCGUUGCUUUCAAUCUCAAGAACAGCCAUGGAGCUUGGGUCAGCAACACCGAGUUCGAGAAGCUUGCAGCUGUCCGGAAGUUCCAUGUCAGGAGUGGGGGACUUUGCAAUCCGGGUGGCGUUGCAGCUUGUUUGAAUCUCGAGCCCUGGGAAAUGAGACAAAAUUUCUCGUCUGGUUUCAAAUGUGGCACCGAAGCAGACAUUUAUGGAGGCAAGAUUACAGGAGUCAUUAGAGCUAGCGUGGGUGCAAUGAGUACAAAGAGUGAUGCUGAAGCAUUCAUAUCUUUUGUCGAUGAAUUCUACUGCGAGACUGUAACUUCUCCGCCAGUUUCGCCUCUCUCCGUCAGUCAAAGCCUGGGUCAUCUUUUUGUCGAAAGUCUCACCAUUUAUCCUAUCAAGAGCUGUGGGGGUUUAGAGAUUCCUCCAGAGACUGGUUGGGAAGUGAGACCGGAAGGUCUUGCUUGGGAUCGAGAAUGGUGUUUAGUUCAUUGGGGGACUGGGCAGGCAUUGAGUCAGAAACGACAUCCGCGAAUGGCUCUACUUCGACCGAUGAUUGACUUUGAAGGGGGUUUGCUGCAUGUGCGAUAUCAGGGCACCUUACCGCAGGGCCUGCCCAAAGAGAUCAGUGUUCCUCUCUCGGAGAACCCAGCAUUCUACAGUGGCUCCGAAUCGAAGAAAUCUCUCUCUUCACGUGUCUGCGGUGAAGCUGUUGUUACUCGCAUGUAUGGGAAGAAAGAAAUCAACAAAUACUUCUCAGAAAUACUCGGAGUGUCUUGCGUCCUUGCUAGAUUUCCCGCCGGAGGGUCCGGUUUCGGCACAAGACACUCGAAAGCCCAUAUGCAGAAGCACCAGAGGCCAAAGACAGAUUUUGUUCCGGAUGUGCCUGGAACAUUCCCAGCACCCCCAACGCCGCCCGACUCAGACAGCGAAGUUCAAAAACGCCCUAUUCUCUUAUCGAACGAGAGCCCUAUUCUGGCGAUAAAUAGGGCAAGCCUUGAUGCGCUGAAUGAGGAGAUCAUUCGAAGUGGCGGUAAGCCAGCAUCUGCCUCCGUCUUCCGGGCAAACGUUGUUCUGGCCUCUGCCACUUCUGAGAGACAGGAACCAUAUUCGGAAGACCACUGGACAGGCCUUCGCAUCGGACGGCAGACUUUUCAAAUGCUCGGUUCAUGUCGGCGAUGCCAUAUGAUCUGUGUCGAUCAAGACAGUGCAGAAAAGAAUGAAGAGCCGUUCGUCACAUUGGCGAAAACCCGCAGGUUCGAGUCAAAGAUCUUCUUUGGUUCUCAUAUGUGUCAUAUUCCAUCGAAGGAAUUGACGAAAGAAGGUCAAUAUCCAACAAUUAGGGUAGGAGAAGUUGUGUUGAUAGAGAGUUGAUGUAAGAUUACAAAAUGUUAUCAAUAAGAUACCCAUUUAAUGCGCUG